CCGUGAACUCUUCUCCUAAUUGGCAGCUCGGCGCAUGGGAUGAUGCGGGCGGCUGCGGGCCGGCCCUGCAGUGCCAAGCCGCAACAUCCCGGUCCGGCUGGAGAGGGAGAGGGCUGCUCAGACUGCACCCCACGAUCCUGAUCCGCGGCGCUCCGGUCACCGUGAGAAACCGGCGGGGACGCCGCCCCUCCUGCGGCUGGAGCGCUUCCAGAGCAGAGGCGCAUCGCAGUGCCGCUCGCCCCGGCGUCCUCCCUCCAGCUCCAGCUCCUCCCCCCCCCCGCCACCCUCCCCCCCAGCCCCGGCGCCCGCAGCGGGCUCCAAGAGGCCAGCGGGCGCGCCUCCCCCCUUCGUUCUCCCCCUCGUCUCGCUCUCUCGCGGCUAACUUUCCUGAGCCCCGACCCACGGCCCGGAGCUCCCCCCCGCAGCUGCGGGGCCCAGAGCCGACCUCGGGCGGAGAGCGUGGGGGUGCCCACUAUCUCAUCCCAAGCCCUCGGAGUGCUCCAGAGAGAACAGGACCAUGUCCCGGGCUGGGGACCGAGGCAAAACCCUGGCGAGAUGGCUGGGCACUGGGCUUUUGGCUCAUAGACGGCAUUGUGAAGAAUGAGAAGUCUGACCCGAAGGUGAGGGUGAAGGAUGAUGACCGCAUCACCCUGGAGGGCUCCACGAAGGAGAAGAUGAACAACAUCUCCAUCCUGCUGAGUGACCUGGAGUUCAGUGACACGGGCAAAUACACCUGCUUCGUGAGGAACCCCAAAGAGAAGGACCUCAACAACUCUGCCACCAUCUUCCUCCAAGUGGUUGAUAAAUUGGAAGAAGUGGAUAACACGGUGACGCUCAUCAUCCUGGCUGUGGUGGGUGGGGUCAUUGGACUUCUGGUCUGCAUCCUGCUGCUGAAGAAGCUCAUCACCUUCAUCCUCAAGAAGACCCGAGAGAAGAAGAAGGAAUGUCUUGUGAGUUCCUCUGGGAAUGACAACACGGAGAAUGGCCUUCCUGGCUCCAAGGCAGAGGAGAAGCCACCCACCAAAGUGUGAGGUCCUGCCGGGCCAGGCAAUGCAGGGAGCCUCACCAACCGAGAAGUGUGCUGCUUGGCCCCAACUGUCCUCUUUCUGAGCAGGAAGGACCUGAUCCUGUCCCGCCCAGCCUGCGCUACCAUUUCCUCCCCAGCCAGGGCUUUCCAGGGGCAAGGGCUGGCUGGGGGAGGAAGCCUACAGAGGUUGAAGAAAGGGAAAGGACGGGCUGGAGCAGUGUGGGAGAGUUGGUCCCCGGCACCUGGAGAAAUGGGGUCUCCUUUAGACUUCCCACCUCUGUGAACCCUCACGUUCCCCUCACUUUUCCUUCUGAUCUUUCACCAGGAUAUUGAGGUGAUCAGGAUAUUGAGGGCUGCUCUCAAAGCUGGGGUUCAGAGAUGGAUGGAGGGUGGGUGCUUGAGAUGUUGGGAAUGUGCUAGAACUCUGGGGUGGAGUCUGCUGGAGGUGGGGCCAGUUCUGAGAUGCAAGCUGGGUUUUGAAGGGUAUCAGGCUUCUGGAAGUUCCUUCCGAGGGAACUUCUCUUUCCCCCACCCUAGAAUACCUGCCCACACUGUCCCAGCUCCCUGUCCAGCCUCCUGCUCUGAAUUUGUAGACUCCCCAGCUAGGUCUAGAUGUCCUGGUCUUCAAGUGUCCCAGUCUAUCUAGCCGAUCUUUGCUCUCUCUGAGCUGCAGCUGCUGAGGAGGCUUGGGGGACAGGGGGUGCCCUCCAUCCUUCCUGGCACACUGGGGUGCUAUAGGCAUCUUUUCUGGCUUUGCUCUUUGGGUUUCAGGGGCGGGGGAAUGGUGUCUCCAACCUUCCAGCCUUUGGAAGGACUAUCCCAGCCCUCCAUGACUGACAGCCCUUAUCCUUGGCAUGGCUGGACCAUGCCACCCUGGCACACUGGGAGCUCAGUUCUUCCUAGUUCUCCCCUUCUCUUGAAACAGCUGAUCUUGCCAACUUACUUAAGGGAUGGCUUCUUGACACCUCCCAUCCUAUACCUUUGCUCCUCUGAUGUCCCUCCAGCAUGCCUGACCUUUCCCUGCCCCUAGGUCCCUCCACCCCAGCCCUGGGUCUGUCUUUGCCUCAGGGACCCUUGUUUCCAAAUGAGAAGGCCCUUGGCUUCUCCAGUCGCUUUCUGCCCAGCUGGGCCAGCUCCUCUGCCAGCCGAGGUUGAGGAGGAGCAGGGAGAGGGCACUUUCGCCUCCUCUCUGCUUCCUGCAGAGCCGGUUUGCACACCCCUCUGAGUGUGGGACUAGACUGUGCCUUAGCUCCCUGAGUCCUGGUUCUUACCCCAUUUCCCUUUGGCUCACACUUCCCAACUUAGUUGCACAGUCUGGUGUGACAGUGGUGGGGGUCCCCAGCUCCCCUCCCCGAGGUCAUGGAGGAGGCCAUGAAGCCGGGGGUGUGUUAACAAUGGCCCUAUGGCUGAGGGCAGUCUUGGGACACCUGUGGGGUGUCUCAUCCUUGUCUUUGAUAUGGAGAUGGGAUGGUAUCAGAUGUGGGACCUUCAGAUGGGUGUGAUAUAUGAGAUAUGGUAACAGGGAGGUACCCCAACUCCCUCUUCCUCAUCAGGUUUCUGAUACUCUUGGGUCCCCAGAAGAUGAAGAUCAGUCCUCUUUCUAGGGGUAGCUCUAUGCAGGAGUAGCUGAAGGUUAACCCCCAAUUGGAAGCCUAGUGUAAGGACAAUAGGACCCGAAGGGUGCCUGUGGCUAUGGCUAGUGUCUCUUGCCCAAGCCUGGUCGCUCACAGGUCCCUGCCUUCUCUCCUCCUGUCAUUCUUUACCCAGAACCCAUUGUGGCUGGGGUAAAAGUUGCCCUUCUCCUGCUUAUAUUUAUUUAUUUGAGACAGAGUCUCACGUAGCCCAGGCUGGCCU